AUGGAAUCAUCGGCUAUGCUCCCCUUUGACUCGCGAACCAACAACACUGCUCCCGUUCAACGUCCUGCCAUGUCACCUUAUAUGGUACAGGGCUCCUACAGCACAGGCCCCGUGAACAGCUUGACGGCGCCUCACUACCAGGUCCACAACCCGUACCAGUUCUCACCCUACCAAGGUCCACCAACACCUCCGCAUCACUCUACGCCUUUCAAAGUGGAAUACGAUGACCGCCGCCCUGUGGGACACAUGAACGACCACGGCCGAGUUCCUUCAUACCCAAGAUACCCAUACGUUGAGGUUGAACAAGCACCCUCUCCUGCACGAAGCGAUUCACAAGUCUCGACUGCCCGAUCUACAGGCACCAACCCAACACUUGCCUCCAAGACUAUCAUCUCAAAUGAAACCCUCAAUGGUGGUCAAGAGAUCAACUUUGAGACUGAAGUAGACGAGCUGAUGAAAGCCAUUCAACGCAAGGCAGAGAUGCACUCCGAGGUUGGACAGCAGCCACUCACUCCUGGGAUGUCGCCUGUUUCCGAUGCAAGCUUAGAAAGCCAUGGAACACCCACUCCUUUGGACAACAAGGCAUCAAGGAAGCGAUACCGUUGCAACGGUCCUAACUGCCAGAAGAGUUUCACUCAAAAGACUCAUCUCGACAUCCAUCGCAGAACGCACAGUGGCGAGAAACCAUAUUCUUGUGACUUUCCUGGCUGCGAACUUACUUUCUCCCAGCUGGGCAAUCUGAAGACUCACCGACGUCGCCACACUGGUGAACGCCCGUUCUCCUGUGACAAGUGUGAUCGGCAAUUUGCGCAACGUGGAAACCUGCGUGCCCAUUUGCAAACCCACCAAGGUCUCAAGCCAUACAUCUGCAUCUUGGAUGAUUGCAACAAGACGUUCUCUCAGCUUGGUAACAUGAAGACUCACCAAAACAACUUCCAUAAGAAGACCCUCAAGAACCUCACCAUGAGAUUCGCACAGAUUCUCAACUCAGGCGAAGCAGUGCCUGAAGUCGAUCGGGAGCUUUUCGAGUACUUUGCUACGCACUACAAGAACAGCAACAAGGGUAUCAAGGGCCGAGGAAAGGCCCGCACGGUUGCCGAACGCAAGCCCAAACCCUCUCAGUCUCCUGCUGCCAACUCAAUCACGAGUGUCCCUCAGUACCCUCUUCCUCAAAUUGCCUCAAGUCAACAGACUCCGUCCCCUCACCAGACGCAUGGUCUUCCCGUCUCAGGCAGCCUCGCAGCUUACAGUAUGAGCCGUGUGCAGCCCAAUGGCAUCAGUCACAUGCCUCGCGAGUCUGGCUAUGAAGUCUAUGAUAUGCAGGGAGGACAUCACCACAUCCAGCCACCUCACAACCACGGCAUGCUCUAUGCAACCAGCCACGUGCGCGAGAUGGGCUACAAUGAGCGCAUGUACUGA